AUGUCACGAUCCAGCAGAGACUCUUCUGAGCUAGAAGUUGAGCCUCAUAAGCUCAGAUCUCUCUUAGAUUCAAUUGCAAUCCAACUCGAAAUUCCAUUUCUUGAAAGACGAGGAAGAAACAAACAACACAAGCACGAUCCAAUCGAGGAACUAAGAGAAGUAAUCCAAGAAACCAGCGAGCGCGAAAGAGAACUUCAAGCUUGCAUAGGAAUUGCCCGAGUUCUCAUCGACAACAAUGAAAAAAGUAUCUUAAAAAUAAACAAACAAAGAGAAGAAAAAGAAAAAGAUCAGGAGAAAAUUAAAGAUCUCAGAAAUACAAUUGAAACCUUAAAAGAAGAAUUAGUGCUUGCUGAAGAAAAAUACGACCAAGUUAAUAAAGCUUUAGUAAGCUGUGAGGAGCAGCUGCUUGUUUUAAAUGCUGAACAUAAAAGGCUGCUGAUGGAGAGCAAUAAAUUGAGGGAAUUGCCAGAUUCACUUGUACAGUCUGUCAAAGAUUACCAAAGUGAAAUUGAGGAGCUAAAAAGCAGCUUUCGAAGUGAGCUGGAUGAGAUGAAUAAAAACAAAUUUGAGUUAGAAAGAAGAAACAAGAGGCUCUUACUCCCCCCCUUUAAAUUGGAACAAAAUAUAGGUAAAAUUUCCACUUUUUUGGUAAAUUAACCCCCCUUUAAAUUGGGACGAAAUUUAAUUUUAUAAUAAAAAAUUUUAUAUAUAUAAAUCAUAAUUUUUAUGUAAAAAGUUUUGAUAUAAUUUAAAUGUUUCUUCUUAACUAAAAAUUAAAAAUUUAGUUAUAUCCUGCUCUUAUUUAAAUAAUAGAGUAUAAAGAGCAUCUUAUUUAAAUAAAUUUAUUAUCCUUAAUUGUAAAUUUUAGGACAAAUUUAAUUUUUUUUGUUUUUAAAAAAUUUCAAAAAUGAUAUUUUUUAUUUAAAUAGCUUUGAUAUAAAUUCAAUACGAAUUAUUUACAAAAAUUCAAUAUUUACUUAUCACUUGCUUUAUUUUAAAGAAUAGAGUAUAAAUAACAUCUUAUUUAAACAAAAUUAGCACUUUGAUUAAUAAAUUUUUUAAAUUUUUUUUUUUUUAAUUUUUUUUUAUCAAUAAAAAUAUAAUAAUUUUUGUGUGAAUAGUUUUGAUACCAAUUAAUAGUGGCGUAUUAAUUAAUAAUAAAAUUUUAGUUAUAUCUUGCUUUGUUUUAAAGGAUAAAGAGUAAAUAGCAUUUUAUUAAACAAAUUUAUUAAUCUAAUUCGAUAAAUUUUUAUUUUUAAAUUUUAUAUAAAUUUUUUUUUUAUAAAACAUUUUAUAAUGAUUUUUUUUUAAAAAAAUUUUCUUAACCCGCCCUUUAAAUUGAACAAAAUUUUUAGUUCCAAUUUAAAGGGGGGGAGUCAGAAGAAAAAACACAAAUGGACACCAUCUAUAAUGAAACUUAUGAAAAAUUCAAAACUCUUGAAAUAUCAAACCAAAAAUCUCAAGAAAGAUUAAAAGCCCUCGAACAAGAAUGCCAAAAUGCUAAAUUCGAAAAAGAAAUAGCUGACAAGAAGAUUGGCUUGUUAUCAAAAAAUACAGAGAAACUUAAGGCAAAAAUUGAUAAACUGGAAGAAGACCUAAAAUUGACUGAAAACUCCCGAUCCAAAUCUCAGACUCCGAAAAAGCUUAAGCAUUCCCGACAUCACAGCUUGCUAACUGAAAUUGAAAGUGUACGAUCAGAUGAAAAGGAAAAGAAACUAAAACUCCCAGAAAUUAGGGAAGAAGAAGAAAUGGUCAUCACCAGCAUAGCAAGUAAAGCUUUUCUUUCGUUUACACCACAUGGCAAAUCAGGUCAUAAAGUUUUCAGUUUUGACAGAUCUCAGAAAACUUUAGAUAUAGAUAUUGACUUAGGAAUAAUACAUAUAGAGUCUAAAAAAGCUAAAGAUUUUCCUGGUCGAAAAGAUCCAGCAGAAGAGUAUUUCUUUUUGGCAACCCAAGCUGUAAAGAUGAAUUCUUCUUAUAUGGAUGCAAUCUGUAUUAUUCCUCCCCAAAACCUAUAUGAGAAAGCAAUGAAAGAAGACGUGCCAUUUCAUAAGUGGCAUAUUUGGAUAGAGUCCCAAUUAAAUUCUGCCUAUAUUCAGAUGCUAUACAAAAAAGAUUCAAAAAUCGCCCCAAUCCCUACAAUAAAUAGAAUAACUAGAAGAUAA